AGAGCUUCUUGCGCUCAUUUUUUGCCGCAUGACGCGGACGAUACAUGCCGCUACGCUCUGCUUGGUUGUACAGCCGUGCUAGAGCUGCAACGAAGGAUAUUAAGCGGUUGCAUAUGCUAUUUAAAGCGAAAUAAAAUGCCGCGAAGCUAUCACAUUGUCGCUGAUAAACGAAGUCUUCUCGCUGCGCAAAGCGUCAGUGGAGAACUUCACUGUUGGAAGUGCUGAAGUGUCGUAGCCCACGCGUCCAGCCCCCUUGGAGCCCUGCAGGGCCCUGCAGAUACACGUCUUCUUCAACAUGAUGACCACAGACAUCAUCCGCGAAUUGGGCGAAGACCCUGACAAGGUAUGUGGUCACGAGGAGCAUAUUGUGCUCAAGCUCAAGAAUCCGUGGCCGACUUCCACGUCCUCAUCGUCAUCUUCGACACUGCCACAACUCCCGAAGGGCCUGUCCCUUAACGGCGAUGGCCGUCUUAUCACCACCACUUCUGACGCCUUCGUGGAGAACCGUAGUUUCCUCUGUGAGCACCGUGUAGUUGGAGCACUGUUUGCUGGUUGUGCCUCGUUUGACGAAUGCAGACCGCUGGGUGCUGCUGCGCAAGCUGUGCUCUCCGACGUUCAAACGCUCGUGAUUGUCCACAACCGGGAUUUUGUGCGCACGCUGGUCGACUUGUUCCGCUCGGUGGAGGUGCUUGUCCUGCACCAUGACAUGCGGCUGCAGAUGCCAGAGGACGAGUGGGGUGACAUUGGCGGUGCUCCCCCACAGCUGAAGCGCCUCAUCGGCAGCACGCCGGCGUUGGGGGCGCACAACCUUUUCCUGAGUGCGGCGACUAUCUGCGGCCUGCUUGGUGACUGCCCCUAUCUGUGCGAGCUGCAGACGUCGAUGCACGAGAUCCUGAGCCCAGCCAAUCCACUGGUGAGCAUGCUGCUGGCGGCGCGCCCCUCCCUCCUCACGACAUGGAACCUUAUUCUCGGGGCAGACGUGGAGCGGCUGGACGGCACGACCGGUGUCGUCUGGGAUAUCACGCCAGGACACAUGGUCCAGGCCAACAUGUUCUUCCGCAGCCUGCGGCGCAUUGAGGUGACCACAACCCACAGCCAGACUAUUGCAGCCAUCGGUAUCUUUGAACAGCUUACUGAUGUCUCGUUAAUGUUCAUUGCACAAGGCACAUUGUGCUCAUUCCAAGGGCUAGUUGAGAACACGCUCAAGCGCCUCCAGCUCAAGCACCUGUCGCUCAAGUUUGUCAAGGACAUCAGCCUUCUCGCUGUUGCCGAGCACUGGCCACGCCUGCAGACACUGUCUCUCGCCGAGUGCUCCGUCGUCGACUACGAUAUCGAUGACAUUUUGCCAGGAUCAUUUGCGGGACUUGUCAAGCUGCGAUUGGGAUCAGAAAUUACGAUCCGCUCACUCGAGGCGCUGCUGGGGGCGACGCGACGGCUUGUUUCGCUGCGCCUUGAAGGGAACCUCCUAGUGACAUCAUUUGUUAUCCGGAGUUCGCUUGGCUCAUUGCCAAGGCUCGAACGCCUCGUGCUCGGCACCAAGCAAUCGCUGCCAGCGCUGAUCUUAACUGGAAAUGACUUGCGGUACCUGAUCAAGGCAUUGCCCGCGCUCCAGUAUGUGGCAACCGACAGCUAUGACCUGCGAGUGUUUUUUGAAAACUACAUGCCAUGGGUGACACUUGGCUGGGGCCAAUGUACGACCUGUGCUGCUGAAUUCCCCCGUGUUGAUGAGACUCAGAGGGAGUUUUGGCAAAAGGCAGUGACACCGAUCAAGCGGGGGAGGUGAAUGGUGAGGUCAAGUUGCGUCCCUGGUGAAAAAUGGUGCAAAGUAGCAAUCGCUUGUGUCCUGGCCAGACACAGCUGUUUCUUGGACACAAGCUGCUCCAGCCCCACGGCAUCUUGCUUGUGAUAGAACUCUAGUGUUGUCUCCGACCACAGUGUACGUGGUCAGUGCAACAGAUUGCCUGCUGGCUAAAAGGCAUUGGCUUGGCCACCUCAGUCCUGGCAAACUGCAAAGCUACUGUUCCUCUUGUGAACUAGGACUCAUCUUGGUCACAGUUGUACCUUGUGUGCAGCUGGUGCCUGCUACCAGGCAGCUAGUGCCAGCAGUGCUCCUAACCAGCAGUGAUACAUGUUCCUGAACAAGCACCACUGCCUGCACAAGAAUGCAUGGCCCCUGACAACUUUUACUUGUGGCUCUUCCAAGCUGCCUGCCAGUGGUGGCAUUGAACUGGUACCAGAUGUUGAACUGGUACUGAGCACGCUAUGUCCUAUGCCAACUUUCAUGCUAUGGUGAGGUGCACAGUGUUCUUGCAGCAGGAUUGUUGUGCUUGUCAAGUUGUCAAGGUGAAGCGGUAGCAAGGAUUUUGUCCGGGGCUGUGAGGAUGUCUCCAACUAAAAGAGCUGAGAAACAUGAGACAUUCAUUUUUUAGACUGUCAUUUGAAAGUCUAAUGUGCCUGGCGCCAAUGUGCCUGGCGGCUAGAGCAUACCUAAUGCUUGUGUUGCACCUGUUCGUUUUUUUGGCAGGCAGACAUUUACCUUAUAAUAGUGCCCAUGGCUGGAAAUAACUGCUUUGCAGGUGCGGCACUCAUGCACUUGUUCUCUCAGCUAUAUGUGUGUUGUUUCUAUGGCAAUCAUUUGUUGAUGUGACAGUGACGUGGUGUCCCUGUUUGCUGCUAAUAUCAAGAUUGGUGCAGUGGAAGGCUGGUUGGCGGUAAGGUGUGUUGAAGCACUGCACGUGGCAUUUGCAUACUUGCACAUUGCCUUCGUGCUAGGCUGUUGAUGGUGUACUGGUGGACUUGCAAGGUAGUUUUUGCUAUUUUGACAAUGCUGUAUUACAAUGAUGAUGAUAAGAAAACUAGAUAAUUGUAAGCACACGCUGUAGUAUGCGGGCUAACAUUAUGCACCUUCAGAAAGUGAUGCAGUAAAUGGCACAAUUUGUUACAACUGGUUAUUGCAAGUUCUGUCAUUAUAAACAGACUGUUAUUUGCAUUGACACAUUUGCUGUCAUGGGGUGGAACAUCGAGAUGUUAGAAAUGAGUUGGAGUUGAUUGAAUCUCAAGUGCUAGACGGCACUCACUGUGAGCUAUUUGUCGUAAUCGUAGUCAUUUCCAAGACGGGCCACACAGACCAGAGAAGUUUGUGCACAAUGAUGUACCCCAGAUGGUGUCAUGUCUCAAAGUGUGCCUGCUGUGUAGGAGUGCCUUUUUUUGUUUGUGCAGAUUUGUUAUGGAUAACUUUAAAUAAUAUCUAUGCUUAUAAAUUAAGUGAUUUUGAAUUGCUGUAUAAAGGUGAUUAGUGCUAAGCUUGUCCUUAUGAAUUACUUCAAUUGAUACAUAAUUCAUAAUUUAUGUGCUUUGAGCUGAAGAAGUAACUAUGAGAAUGAUUAGUGCUGGGUGCAUUCGCAAAUGUUGUGUCAACUUCUGACAGUAAACCUGCUCCUUACACCUA